GAGGUCUCCUCAGACAGAACUCUCCUGCUGAUCUGGGCUGGGCCGGGCUCCUUCCUCACCCUAGGGCAGUAGAGGUCCCAGAGGGACAGCCCACCCCACAGCCCACAGGAUGCCCAGCAGAACUGCCCGCUAUGCCCGCUACAGUCCGAGGCAGCGGCGCCGGAGGCUGUUGGCCAAUCGCAGUGUACGUUUCCCCAAUGAUGUUUUGUUCCUGGACCACAUCCGCCAGGGUGACCUGGAGCAGGUGAGGCGCUUCCUCCGGGCCCAGAAGGUCUCCCUGGACACCAUCCACCCCUCAGGCCUGGCCGCCCUGCACGAAGCUGUGCUCUCUGGAAACCUGGACUGCGUGAAGCUGCUGGUCAAAUAUGGGGCCGACAUUCACCAGCGGGAUGAGACAGGCUGGACGCCCCUGCACAUCGCCUGCAGUGAUGGGUACCCUAAUAUAGCCAGGUACCUCAUCUCCCUGGGGGCGGACAGAGGCGCAGCCAACGACGACGGCGACCUGCCCUCCGACCUCAUCGACCCGAACUUCAAGGACCUGGUCGAGCUCCUCAAAAGAACCAGGAUGGACUGAGCCAGGUCUGCCUCAGGGCGCCUGGCGCGGUCACAACCUGCCCCACCCCCUUCAGACCUGGCUUUUUCUCCAGGUGAAUUUUUAUUGUGACACUUUUUACUUUUUCAAUAAAAGUGAUUCC